UGGAGACAAAUCGGCCUGGGAACGAGGCUACCGUAAUAAAAUGUCUGCCACCAAGCUUGUUUCGAUUUCAGCUCCAGCAAAUGCAGCCAGGUUUUCCCCAAAAGAUGCUAGAGCCAUUUUCCGUAGAAAUGGCUAUUAUGGAACUACUAGUGGGUUUUGUGUUGGCUAUGAACAAGCGAAUGUGACCAUGUUACCAUCAAGUCUUGCGGAUGAUUUUGAGAAGUUUUGUCGCAAUAAUUAUGGCUGUUUUCCUCUCCUGUAUCGAAGUAAUCCUGGUGAGAUUUACGCUCCUCCACUUGCCAAAGACUCAGACAUUAAAUGGGACAUUCCUCGGUAUGUAAUUUACGCCAAUGGAAAGAUGGUUGAUGAUGUGAUGGACUUAGAUGGAUUCUCUUCUACGUGGGGUGAUGUUGUGUGUUUUUACACUGGUUGCUCAUUUACCUUUGAGCAUGUUCUGAUUGAAAAUGGCAUUGAACUAUCCAAUGUCAAAGCAGGAAAAAAUUGCUCGAUGUACUGUACAGAUGUGAUGCUUAGAGAUGCUGGUCCAUUUGCUGGAAUUCAGAUGAUGGUAAGCAUGAGAUCGAUUCAAAAAUCUCUUCUUAACACCGCUGUGACUAUUACGGCACAAUACCCACAUCACCACGGUGCUCCCGUUCAUAUCGGCGAUCCACUUCGAAUAGGAAUCACUGACAUCACCAAGCCUGACAAAGGAGAUUGGCAGGUCACUCUUGAGGACGAUUCUGUUUUUGUUUUCUGGGCAUGUGGUGUAUCAAACACAAACGCCAUCACAGCAGCAAAACCCAAGCUUACCUUUUGCCAUUACCCCGGGUCAAUGUUUAUAGCAGAUACAAAAGCAGAAAGGAAGAUAUUUACCGAAACGAUACAAGUUGUUCAACUUUCCAGGCCACAGGAUCCAUACUUUGCCUCGAUAAUUGGAAGCAAAACUGUUGCCAUACUUUCUCAGCUUGAAAAAUCACUACUUGAUGAUCCAGGUAAACGGGGCAUAGCUCACUUAUCAGUGGAGCAUGAUUUUAUGAAGUCUGUGCUUUCCCUUUCCCAUUCCAAAAGGGUUUUGAUAACCACUGGGUUUCCUGCCAAUGUUGAUCUACCGCAGAAACAAGAGACGGAUGGCAUAUGUGGAGCUCUGUCAAUGUGUCAAGCUUUGUUAGCUCUUGGCAAGCAAGUGAGCCUAGUAUCCGAUCAGUCAACUCAUAGUAUUUUGGAGAAGUGCGUGCAGAAGAUGUUUUCACUUGGAGCGUUGACAUCAAAUAUUUCUGUUAUCUCCUUUGAGAAUGCUACAAAGCUCAUGGAAACUUCACCAAAAGAUUUUCCGAUUUAUGAUUGUCUUGUAGCUAUUGAACGAGCUGGAAGGUCAGCAGACGGAACAUACCGUACGAUGAAGAAAAAAGAUAUAUCUAUGUUUGUAGAUCCCAUUGAUGAUUUGUUUUUGUAUGCUGCUUCAAAUCCGCUAGUGAGCACUAUUGGAAUUGGAGAUGGUGGAAAUGAACUUGGAAUGGGGAAAGUUAGGGAAAGAGUUGCCGAGAGUAUCAAUUUCGGUGAUGUCAUUGCUUGCCAUACUCCAACAGAUCAUCUUGUUGCAGCUGGAAUCUCCGACUGGGCUGGUUAUGCGAUUUCUGUUGGACUGUAUGCUGUCUCCCAGUGUCCUAUUCAUUGGAGAUAUACAUGUCGUGCAAUCAAUGCGGAGGCUCCUCAGCCGUUUAAAUCUUCGGAAUUCCUCCCAUCCAAUGAACAGGUUGUGUUACUUUUGGAGUACAUGAAUGACUCUCUGGGCAUAGUUGAUGGUAUCACUAAGGGGAGUGGAUCAGUCGAUGCUAUUCCCAUUAAGACUGUUUUAGAGAAAGUAGGAGCUAUGCUUACACUAUUGUGAAUUAUGUAGGAAGUACGACAGUGUCAAUAUAAUUGGAGUCACUUUUCAAAGUC